AAAACAUUAAUAUAGGAAACGUUUCCAUAUAUGCAUUAACACUGCAGUCUACACUUUAUUAUCUGGUGCAUUGACACUGUAAUCAGCGCCAAAACAUGUCGUGUCGAAAUCCCAGCAAGAUCGCAAAAGACUUCUGGAUUCGCUUGGCGAUCUAUUUGGUUUAUUCUUCCCUAGGAGCUUUCAUAUUCAUGACYGUUGAGAACAGACCUUAUAAAGAUUUCAAAGAAAACCUCAACGAAAUUCAAAUGAAAGUUCGCAGUGAUCUAUGGAGAUUACGAAACAACACGAAAACUUGCGUUUCCAAUAUGACUGAUCGGGAAAUGGAGAUUUUCGCCGAAAAAGUGAGAAAUAUUACAAARGUUUUAACCGAAAGGCCAAASGAAUGGGACUUUUCAAGAGGAGUAAAUCUGUGUUUUGAGAUAAUGUCAACGAUAGGGUAUGGUUCCACGCCACCAAAGACACAAGCAGGACGCUUGAUAGCAGUSUUCUACACCCUUUUCGGAAUCCCAAUCUUUCUGUUCUUGUUGAAAAGUGUUGGUGAAGUCAUMAACAGACAGAUCAUCAAAUCCAUCAAUUUCUUCGAGAAGAAAUUCCUGAAUAGAGAAGAGCCAGAAAACGUAGAAUUAAAGGUUCUCGUUGGUUUUACGUUUUUGCUGUUUCUGGACGUGUUUCUUGAAGCUGUUUUCUUCAUGAUUAGCCGUGAGCUUACAUUUAUUGAUGGAUUGUAUACUGUCAUAAUAACAGCWACCACAGUUGGUUUUGGUGACAUAACGUUGAAUAACGUCUUGACGAUGACYAUAAGCCUAGUUUUYCUAUCAACUGUUCUUGAUGGUGCGUCUUGCUACGCAGAGAAAAAAAUAGAAGAACAGCGAAAGAAGCAGAAUUGUACGUGUUUUGGCCGAGGAAAGAAGAGGAAUGUUACCGAAAAUGAAAUGGAAGGAUACGGUACGGAGAAUAAAGCAAUUGAUCACGAUAGAACGGAGAAAUUGAAUGAUGAACAGGGGAUAUCGAAAGUUGAAGAGAUUUCUUAGUGGACUAUAAAAAUAUCAAAGAAAGAGGCACAACUGAGAAGUUUCAAUAAUAGUUGUGAAGAAAGUGUAGUCCUAGCGAACAAUAACACAACUGAAAUAUUAAAAGCACAAACACUACUUGGCACAUACACCACUUCAAAGACAACCAGAAAGAAACACUGAAGGAGCCCGCUGGAUGGAUUUGCGUUCAAGCUCCGAGAAGUGAAGAACGUUAACUAUCUAAUUAAACACUAGUCAACAUGUUGUACAACUUGUCAGUACACGAUAUUAUGGCAAAGAAAUGUUAUAAAACGAUCGUUAUUCAUGACACUAUAACAAUSAACGACAGAAMCGUCARAAUGAUUAUGAUAACAAAACAYACACAAUUGUGCUGGCUAUUGAUAWUACCAAUAAAGUCAGUACGUAAUUACUAUAAUAAGAA